AUGACAAGUAGGGGAUUACGAUUUCUGCGAGGAAAGACAGGUUUGGACGAGUUCAGUUUGGCAAUUUUCAUUGGUGCCAUCACAUCCGUAUACUUACUGGUGGGACAAGAUGCUCAAAUGUUAGCAAAUGCUAUCCUUACGGUGACACCAAUCCUACUCACUUACGUUUUUCCAGCUGAAAAACCACCUACACCACAACUCCUUAUAUACUGGAGUGCAUUUGGCCUAUUAACAUUAUUGGAUUCUAAUUUCGAACCAGAAAGUGGUUACUAUUUCAUUAAAGUAGUUCUGCUCGCACUUUUUUUCUUACAUCCAUUUGAUGGCGCUGAUCGAAUUCUUUGGCACAUCCGACUAUCUCAUAAUGAUCAAAUCAAAGAUGAACCAGCUAUAAUUCCAUUUACCAAAGCAGAAUUAUCAGGAAUGAUGGAAAGAAAAAAAGAUAUACAAUCAUCGCCAUUCGACGCACCCGAAACGAUGAAAUUAAAUGGUGCAUCAUCUCCUACGAUACGGAGCGAUUACUCUUCUUCUUAUGAAAGUGUCUCAGAAGGCAAAAACCCAAUGUUAUAUAACUCCGAGUUCAGAAUCCAAGAUCAAGAGGUCACAAGUGCGGAAGGCUUAAGCACAAAUUAUAAUCCGCAUGAUUUAGCAUUUGAGCCAGCGAAAUAUUUAAUUUUCAAUGCCCCAUAUGAUUUCGAAAAUUUAACAUAUUUUAUACGUAUUCGUAACACGUCAACGAAGCAUAUCGCAUAUGUAAUUAAAAGCAACGCAAUACCACGCGUUUUUGCAACACCGCCAUGCGGAAUUUUACCACCGAAACAAAAACGCGAUAUUGCGGUUACCGUUAAGAAAAUGGACAAAUUUGUCGAAGAAUUAGUUCAAAAUGACCGACUUGCAUUUGACUAUGCAUUCUGCUCACCUGAAAUAAAACGAUUUAAAUUCGGAUUGUUACAGGUUUACAUUUUAACUGUGAGAUCUCAUAACGGCAAUUAA